AUGCAUGUGUUAAUUUGUCUUUGUUUCCCCACAGCGGACGAGGACGAGGACAAGGACGAUGAUUUCCGAGCGCCGCUCUACAAAAACGUGGAGAUCAAGGGCAUCCAGGUCCGCAUGAAGUGGUGCGCCACCUGUCACUUCUACAGGCCGCCGCGCUGCUCUCACUGCAGCGUCUGUGACAACUGCGUGGAGGACUUCGACCACCACUGCCCCUGGGUGAAUAACUGCAUCGGGCGGAGGAACUACCGUUACUUCUUCCUCUUCCUGCUGUCGCUGAGCAUCCACAUGCUGGGCGUCUUCUCCUCCGGCCUUAUCUUCGUCCUCCACCACCGAGAGUCUCUGGCAGCGCUGCACACCACCGUCACACUGGUGGUGAUGUGCAUCGCGGGGCUCUUCUUUAUUCCAGUCCUGGGGCUCACUGGCUUCCACAUGGUGCUCGUAGCCCGAGGUCGAACCACCAACGAGCAGGUGACGGGGAAGUUUCGUGGAGGAGUAAAUCCCUUCACCAGAGGUUGCUGUGGCAACGUGGAUUAUGUCUUAUGCAGUCCCCUGGCACCGAGGUACAUGUUGGACCCCAAGAAAAAGCCCCAUGUCAAAAUUCAGCCCCCGUUCAUCAGACCUGACUUUUCAGAGAGGCAGAUCACCAUCAAGAUCAGCGACAACGGCAUCCACAGCACCAUCAUCAGCUCCAAGAGUUACAAGCAGCCGUCUGCAUUCAUCGUGACCCAGCACCCUUUACCGAACACAGUGAAGGACUUCUGGAGACUGGUGCUGGAUUACCACUGCACGUCCAUAGUGAUGCUCAACGACGUGGACCCAGCGCAGGUAAACCCGACCUGA